AGGUAUUACAAAUUCUAAUGGCCCAAUUUAAAAGAAAGCCCAUUAUCUCAAUUUAACAAAAGUAACUCUAAUGGCCCAAUUAAAAAGAAAGCCCAUCAUCAUCCCAAUUAAAUAAAAAAGGCAGCAGCUACAACUUUGAAGUUUUGAAUGAAUUGUUUCUACGGGAAAUUUUGAAAAAUAGAACGCAGCUGCAGGGUUACCCACUACAGAAACUUGCCCCGCGUCCGGCGUCAGCUCCUACUGUUCCGACUUCCGACGAUUAACGCCGCUGCCCCGUGCCAACACUAAAUUCUCUCCCAUUCCAAUUUUUGGUACUUCAAAUAUAAUUCAAGGUUAAGACGCCGUUUUCAGAUGGCAACUCACGAGGCUGAUAAAAAUUCCCUUUCUCCAUCUCGUAUAGAAUCACUCGAACCAGCAGCCAUGCAGGAGAAAGCUCACAAAGGUUCCUCAAGUUCUGGAUCCAAGCAUGAAUCUCGGGAACAUGCAAGAGAUAGGGAGAGGGAGUCCUCUAAAAGCAGAGACAGGGAGAGGGAAAGAGGUCGAGACAAAGAUAGAGACAGGGACAAAGAGAAGGAUAAGGAGCGAGAAAGGGUGAGGGACAGAGAUAGGGAAAGGGAUAAGGACAGGGAUAAAGACAGGGAAAGAGAACGGGACAAAGAUCGUGAUCGGCAUCACCGAGAUCGCCACAGAGACAGAAGUGAGAGAAGGGAAAGGACCAGAGAUAGGGAUGAUCGUGAUGACUACUACCGAAGCCGAGACUAUGACAUGCGGAAAGAUUAUGAUAAAGAUAGGGAGGAAAGACACAGGCACAGAUCAAGAUCUCGUUCUAGGGCUAAAUCUGAGCACAGAUCAAGGUCACGGUCUCGUUCACGUUCCAAAAGCAAAAGGAUGAGUGGUUUUGACAUGGCUCCUCCUGCUGCAUUGCUUCCAAAUACUGCCGCUGCUGUUGCAGGUCAGCUUCCGGGAGCACCCCCCACCCUUCCUGGAAUGUUCCCCAACAUGUUAUCUUUGCCAGGCGGACAGUUUGGAGCCCUCCCUGGGAUGCCUGUGCAGGCAAUGACUCAGCAGGCUACCAGACAUGCUCGCAGGGUCUAUGUUGGUGGCCUUCCACCAACUGCUAAUGAACAGACUGUGGCAACAUUCUUUAGUCAUGUUAUGUCAGCAAUCGGAGGAAAUACUGCCGGUCCAGGAGAUGCCGUAGUGAAUGUUUACAUUAACCAUGAGAAGAAAUUCGCUUUUGUGGAGAUGAGAUCAGUUGAAGAGGCUAGCAAUGCAAUGGCUUUAGAUGGCAUUAUUUUUGAGGGUGCACCAGUUAAAGUGAGAAGACCGAGUGACUAUAACCCCUCGCUUGCUGCCACUCUUGGCCCCAGUCAACCUAAUCCCAAUCUGAAUCUUGCCGCUGUUGGGUUGACACCAGGAUCUGCUGGGGGCCUUGAGGGUCCGGACCGCAUAUUUGUUGGUGGGUUGCCGUAUUAUUUCACAGAAUCGCAGAUCAGGGAGUUGCUCGAAUCCUUUGGACCACUUCGGGGUUUUGAUCUGGUUAAAGAUAGAGAAACAGGGAACUCCAAAGGCUAUGCAUUUUGUGUUUACCAGGAUUUAUCAGUUACAGAUAUUGCUUGUGCAGCUCUUAAUGGGAUAAAGAUGGGUGAUAAAACGCUCACUGUCAGGCGUGCUAAUCAGGGUGCAACACAACCUAAACCCGAGCAGGAGAGCGUGUUAAUGCAUGCGCAACAACAAAUUGCAUUACAGAGACUCAUGCUAGCUCCUACUAUUGCACCAGCGACAAAGGUCGUUUGCUUAACAAAUGUGGUUACCCUGGAUGAGCUCAUGGAUGACGAUGAUUACGAAGAUAUACUUGAAGACAUGAGAACUGAAUGUGGGAAGUUUGGUACAUUGGUGAAUUUGGUAAUCCCCCGCCCAGUUCCCGUUGAAGAAAAUGCACCAGGUGUAGGGAAGGUCUAUUUGGAAUAUGCGGACACUGAGAGUGCUGUAAAAGCUCGGCAAGGACUGAAUGGAAGGAAAUUUGGGGGAAAUGAAGUUGUGGCAGUUUUCUACCCAGAAAAUAAGUUUUCCGAAGGAGAUUACAGCGCAUAGUUUCUAAGCGUCACGUAUUUGGAUUUGAAGUAGGUUUGUUGCAAAGGCCUGUUGUGAUUUAGUCCUGCACGAAACCACCUCUAAAACUAUAUGUAUGAUGUUAUGAUUCUGAUAGAAUUGGACAAGAGUUUGAGCUACACUACAAAAGUGUUAGUUUUUAUUAUGCGAAGGUGAAUUCACCUGAGUUUUGAGGAGAAUAUAUUGAGCUGAAAAGUUCAGAUGAAAUCUCUUUAUCAAGGUUAGAAGUUGAAUAAAAUCGAGGUGAACCCUAAA